CCGGUCACGUGACUCCCUAAGUCAAUGAGUCUCUAGCCUUAGAGUUAGAUUUCACUUGCGUCCAUGAAUGCCACUCAGGCAAAAGACAGGCUAUAUAGCCAACUUGCAACUAGUCUGAAGAAUAUGUCACGCGCUGUCGGACAGACAGCAGAUCUCUUUGAGCAACUUCAGACAGACUUGGAUGCCAUGAGGGUUCUAGCUGGUACACAUGCUGCACAGUUCAUGACCGUCGCUGCGGAACUCAGCCCCGGGGGUGAUGGGGGAGAAAACGCAGAAGCAACUGCGUCAUCUUCCGACUUCAGUUCACUUGCGGGUCAGAGACAUCCAAAGACAUUUUAGUUCGGUUGCAUGUAAAUCAGUUACUCGAGCACGUCAACCUCAUACUGUCGAUGUCCAGCAAAGAUUUCAAAGACAGCCUUGCGAGGGACGCAUUUUCUAAAGCGCGAUUGCAUUGGCUGGGUAAGAACAAAAGUACUCGACUAAGCUUUCCUUUCCUUCGUGAGGUUGGGGAAUCCCGGCCACUGGCAA